AAUGCACUUGUUGGUCUCCACCCUCAGCCUACUUUAGCUCCCACACAGGGACAGAGCACCCAGACCGAGUGGGAGAUAGGCAGAAGCUUGGAGGGAAAGAUUAUCUGCAGUGACCCAAAGUCCAGAGGCAGAACCACUGGGCUCCAUUUACCUCCUCAAGAGCCUGUGACCUGAAGGUUGAGCUCAAGGACACAUCCAAGCAAGUCACCAGAGUUUUCCCUUUGCUCUGCCUGCUGACCUCUGCUCUCUCCUCAUUAUUCCCAAAAAAUGGAACUUUCCACGCGAGAAAUUUGCCUCAACUUCAUGGUUGUCCUGGUUACUGUAAUCCUCAUGUGGCUCCUUGUGAAGUCUUACCAGGAUUGAAAGACUCUCAGAAACCCUGGAGGUGAUUUCAUUGUGUGCAUCACACACAUCAGUGGCACCCACAGCAUGCCACAGCAAUUAGCUUUCAGUCAAUUGAGGAUGUUGUGAACCUUUAUUUUUUCACUCUCUCCUAUCUGUUGCCUGUGCUAAUGUUUGUAAUGGGUCUGUGAUGGUGUAAUUCUUUCAGUCUGCAGAGAUCCAGCUGUAAAGUGUAAGAUGCUUAGGAACAGCUUGAUGUGGCUGUCUCCUCCAUGGUAGUUUCUGUGCGUGCUGUACUCCCAGCCCACCGUGCUGGCUUGUUUGGCAGCAGUGUUGGGUUCUGGAGGGUGUAAAACUGCAGUGUGUAAUGUAAGAGCCUGUAUUACCCAAUGUAAAAGGCAUAAACUUGCUUAGCAAAAAGGAAUGUGAAACCUCUGCUUCCACUUGCACAUUUUGUUUAAAUAAAGACCAUGUAAAACCA